AUGGACGCACCUUGGGGAGCAGGGGAAAGGUGGCUGCGCCGAGCAGCGGUGGACAGAUCAGGAGUCUCUCUGGAACCCCCUCCAACUCCCCAGGUGAAUCAAAGAACCCUUGGGCCCCAGGUUGCCCCCGUGGCCCCCGGCGAGGUGGUGGAGACUGCAGGUGGGGUGUGCAAGUUCUCUGGACAGCGACUGAGCUGGUGGCAGGCCCAAGAGUCCUGCGAGCAGCGGUUUGGCCACUUGGCACUGCAGCCCCCUGGUGGGAUUCUUGCUUCACGGCUGCGCGAUCCGGUCUGGGUGGGCCAAAGAGAGGCCCCUCUGCGGAGACCCCCGCAGAGGCGUGCGCGCACCACCGCCGUGCUGGUGUUCGGCGAGAGGACGGCUGACCGGGCGGCGCGGCUGCGGAGCCCUCUGCCUGAGCUGGCAGCGCUGACCGCGUGUACUCACGUGCAGUGGGACUGUGCCUCGCCCGACCCCGCAGCGCUCUUCUCCGUUGCUGCGCCCGCGCUGCCCAACGCGCUGCAGCUGCGCGCCUUUGCCGAGCCGGGGGGCGACGUGCGGGCUGCGCUGGUGGUGCGUGGGCACCACGCGCCCUUCCUCGCAGCCUUCCACGCCGACGGCCGCUGGCACCAUGUGUGCGCCACGUGGGAGCAGCGGGGCGGGCGCUGGGCGCUGUUCUCCGACGGGAGGAGGCGCGCUGGGGCGCGGGGGCUGGGCGCCGGCCACCCGGUGCCGUCCGGCGGCAUCCUGGUGCUGGGCCAGGAUCAGGACUCUCUGGGCGGUGGCUUCUCGGCGCGUGACGCCUUCAGCGGCAACCUCACCGACUUCCACCUGUGGGCGCGGGCGCUGAGCCCCGCUCAGCUGCACCGGGCACGGGCCUGCGCGCCGCCCCCAGAGGGCCUGCUCUUCCGCUGGGACCCGGGCGCCCUGGACGUCGCACCCUCGCUGCUGCCCACGGUGUGGGUGCGCCUUCUCUGCCCAGUGCCCUCAGAGGAGUGCCCUACGUGGAACCCGGGACCUCGCAGUGAGGACUCUGAGCUCUGCCUGGAGCCGCAGCCCUUCCUCUGCUGCUACCGGACAGAGACCUAUCGGCAGCUGCAGGAUGCCCAGUCAUGGCCUGGCCAGGAUGUUAUCAGCCGAGUCAAUGCCUUGGUCAAGGACAUUGUGCUCCUCCCGGACCCCCUCUCCGAAGCCCAUGCAGCCCUGUCCCCAGCGGAGGCUGCCAGCUUCCUGGGCCUUCUGGAGCAUGUCCUGGCGAUGGAAAUGGCUCCACUGGGGCCGGCCGCACUGCUGGCUGUUGUGCGCUUCCUGAAGAGGGUGGUGGCCCUCGGGGCUGGGGACCCAGAGCUGUUGUUGACAGGCCCCUGGGAGCAGCUGAGCCAAGGCGUUGUAUCUGUGGCCAGCCUGGUCCUGGAGGAGCAGGUGGCUGACACAUGGCUGUCCAUCCAUGAAGGGGUCGGUGGGCCUAUGGCCCUGGUGGCGAGUGUGCAGCGCCUGGCACCCCUGCUGAGCACCACAACGACCUCAGAGCGGCCCCGAAUGCACACCCAGCACCGCCAUGCUGGCCUCUCUAGAGUCACCGUGAUCCACAGCUGGUUCACCUCCAGAGUCUUCCAGCACACCCUAGAGGGACCGGACCUAGAACCCCAGGCCCCUGCCAGCUCAGAGAAGGCAAACAGGGUGCAGAGGUUCCUAAGCACCCACAUGGGGUCAGCCAUCAUCUCCUCUGAAGUGUGGGCCGUCACUGGAGAGGUCAACAUGGCUGUGACCUUUCAUCUGCAGCACCAGGCCCAGAGCCCCCUGUUCCUUCCCCAUCCCCCAAGCCCAUAUACAGGGGGUGCCUGGGCCACCACGGGCUGCUCCGUGGCUGCCCUGUACCCGGACUCCACCACCUGCUUCUGCAACCACAGCACCAGCUUUGCCAUCCUGCUGCAAAUCUAUGAAGUACAGAGAGGCCCUGAGGAGGAGUCGCUGCUGAGGACUCUCUCAUUUGUGGGUUGUGGCGUGUCCUUCUGCGCCCUCACCACCACCUUCUUGCUCUUCCUGGCGGCCGGGGUCCCCCAGUCAGAGCGAACCACAGUCCACAAGAACCUCACCUUCUCCCUGGCCUCUGCCGAGGGCUUCCUCAUGACCAGCGAGUGGGCCAAGGCCAAUGAGGUGGCAUGUGUGGUUGUCACAGUUGCAAUGCACUUCCUCUUUCUGGUGGCGUUCUCCUGAAUGCUGGUGGAGGGGCUGCUGCUGUGGAGGAAGGUGGUAGCUGUGAGCAUGCACCCGGGCCCAGGCAUGCGGCUCUACCACGCCACAGGCUGGGGCAUGCCUGUGGGCAUCGUGGCGGUCACCCUGGCCAUGCUCCCCCAUGACUACGUGGCCCCCGGACAUUGCUGGCUCAAUGUGCACACGUAUGCCAUCUGGGCCUUCGUGGGGCCUGUGCUCUUCGUGCUGACUGCCAACACCUGCAUUCUGGCCCGUGUGGUGAUGAUCACCGUGUCCAGUGCCCGCCGCCGUGCCCGCAUGUUGAGCCCACAGCCCUGCCUGCAGCAGCAGAUCUGGACCCAGAUAUGGGCCACGGUGAAGCCCGUGCUGGUCCUGCUGCCCGUCCUGGGCCUGACCUGGCUGGUGGGCAUCCUGGUGCACCUGCGCCCCGCCUGGGCCUACGCUGCCGUGGGCCUCAACUCCUUCCAGGGGCUGUACAUCUUCCUGGUUUAUGCUGCCUGCAAUGAGGAGGUGUGGAGCGCCCUGCAGAGGAUGGCUGAGAAGAAGGUGGCCGAGGUGCUCAGGGCACUGGGAGUGUGGGGGGGCGCUGCCAAGGAGCACAGCCUGCCUUCCUCUGUCCUCCCCCUCUUUCUGCCCCCUAAGCCCAGCACCCCCCCUCACCCUCUGAAGGCCCCGGCCUGA